AUGAAACGCGAAGCACGCAAACCACAGCUACGCCCCGUACGCAACGCCGACGCACAACCGCUUCCAACGUAUCCUCGGUGUCAACGGACAUUCUCGGCACGAAAUGGACUCAUUGGACACCUUCGGACAAACUGCACCUCCCAUACCGCGCCAACCGCCGUCCCUCCACCCACCUAUUCCUCGUCCUCUCCACCGCCAACUAACUCUUCUGAACCACCACUUACAUCCUCCUCGUCCCCCUCCUCCUCCCCCUCCUUCUUUCUCCCAUCAUCCUCCUCCUCCCCCUCCUCCUUUUCCACACCCUCCUCCUCUUCUUCCUCCCCCUCCUCCUCCUCCUCCUGCCCCACUGCACCAACCACGACCACUCUGGUGGCCGUCACUCACACCAGCAUCACACACAUCCAUGACACAACAACAGACACCCUCCCUUCAGUCUCCGACACCAGGGGUGAGGACCUGGAUUACAGCUGCCCUCACUGCGACCGCACCUUCACCUCACACAUCGGCCUGGUCGGUCUCUUGCGAAUCCAUCGCACAGAGGCUGGCGAACCAGUGCCUGGAGCACCAAGCUAUACCCACCGGCCUCGUCUCAACUGCCUACACUGUCCUCGCACUUUCACCCAUCGCAUGGGCCUAUUCGGCCACAUGCGCAUCCACGAGAGCGGAAUUGACCGCCCUCCCGACUCACAUACCACGCCAAACCCCAUCCCCACUUCAUCACCAUUUGCGCCCAUCACCGUUAUCGCAACUGACACCGACACCUCCGACUUCACCUGCCCACACUGUUCACGCACAUUCACCUUUCGCAUCGACCUGGUCAGUCACUUGCGAAUCCAUCGCACAGAGACUGGCGAAUCAGUUCCUGGAGCACUCAUCUACACCCACCGUACUUGCCUCCAUUGCCCUCGCACUUUCAGACAUCGCAUGGGCUUACUCGGCCACAUGCACAUCCACGACGACCUGCGGUAG